UACAGUUAUUAAAGUUUGUUUUAACUUAAAUUGUACGUGCGGUACAUAAAACUUAAAUCUCAGAUUUAGUUAAUAGAGCGGAAAACAGUUUUUUCCAUUACAAUCUACAUAAUAAAAAUUUAUUUAGCAAUGUCAAAAUCAAAUUUGGAAAUACUUGAAAUUAUUAUUUUAGUUAUCAUAGCAAUCUUUGGAAUUUCAGGAAAUUUACUGAUUAUUUUUUUAUUUGCAUUUGGCGGGAGCGCUGUUAAAGUAUUCAGAAACUACUUCAUUGUGAGUUUAACUUUUGCUGACCUUAUGAUUGCAGGAAUAUUAGUGCCAUUUUGGACUGUAGGUCGAAUGAACCUUUAUUCUAUUUCUGAAAACGUAUGGAGCAUCUUUGCAGCUUACGAUAUACUUUGUGGUUCUGCAUCAAUACUUAAUUUAACAGCUAUAAGUUUAGAACGGUUGUAUGCUAUCAAAUAUCCUUUACUUCACUUAACCUUGACCCAACUUUCUUACAGAUUGGCAAUUGCUGUAACAUGGUUUAUUGGAUUUAUGUUAUCAGGCGCUAAAAUAAUAGUUGCUUUUGGUUAUAAAAGUAGAAUAAAGCAGUUCAUGUUGUCCAUAUUUAUUUUGGCAUAUACGGUUCCAAUAUUAGUUAUUGUGAUGUCUUAUUCUGUCAUUUUUUAUUACGCCACUUCUCGAGCAACUGACUACUGUCGUGUUAAUAGAUUUAAACGUGAGCUAAAAGCGGCAAAAACAAUAGCAAUAAUAGUUGGCCUCUUUAUUCUCUGUUGGACACCUUUUUUUGUACUUAAUAUGAUACAUGACUAUUGUAAAAAUUGCGACUUAGGAAAGAGCUUUAUUGGUUGGAUUUAUGCAUCAAAAGUAUUGCACUAUAGCAACAGCAUGAUGAACUUUUUUGUCUAUGGAUACAGAAGCCCAGAUUUCCGUCGGUUAUUUCGUGAUCUUCUUAUUAAAAAACUUAAACUGAAUCGAUAAAUGUGUUAUCUUGUUUUAAAGGUAAUUAAAAUUGCAUUGUAUAAAAUAUUGUUGAAAGUUUAUGUUGUUAUGAAUCAACGCAAGAGUAAUUUCAACCAAUACUGAAAUUUAAAAAAUUCGGAGUUACUUUUCGUUUGUAGCAUAUUUGUAAACUAUAAGUGUAAAAUGUAUUA